AUCACCUGAGCCCUGGGUAAAUGGAGAGAACGUCAAUCAAAGGCUAAGCUCUCAGAGCUGGGAAGGAGCUUUAGAUGGCGGAUGAACCUUGGGAAGGGGAGAGCGUUGAGCCUUGCAGGGCUCUCGAUAGCACUUGUAUCUCAACUUUGCUGAACUUUGACUGCCUCUUGGGGCACCGUAAUCGUGCGAAAUCGUUCGUUUUGUUACGUUUUGGUCUAUAGAGACGUUUUGUGACUUUGUUUCGCCGAAAAGCGCUCUGGUGUGUGCGUAGAGUGGCCAGUCGUUGUUUUCCCUGCCUUGCGCUGGCAGCCAUGGCGGUCCUCCAUUUUUAGUGCGCUCUGCUGGGCUCUUCUCACACUCUCUCACUCUCUGUCUCCAUUCAAAUAGCCAUCGGUGGAUUACUGCUAUUAUUUUUCUUUCCGAAUAUUAUUCCGAUUAUUAUUUUCGUCUCAAUCCUGGAAUAUUUUUGAUUUUUUUUAUUGUUAUGGCCAAAGUAACAAAUCGGAUAUUUUGUCAGAUGUGAAUGUACUGCUACAAUCCUCCUCCUGUCAGUGCAUUAGUUAAUACCUGGACAAAAGAUCAUCAUUAACAAAUCCCAAGACAAAAUCAUGAUGAAGAAUAAGAGUAAAAAGCAGGAAGAUGAAGGCUCGACUCAAAGCAAUGCUUCCAGCAAUUCAGCAUCAGAGGAAUCUAACCGCUCUGGAUCGGAGUCUGGGAGUCAGUCGGAGAGUGAGCAAGGAAGUGAUAGAGUUCGUUCCCGGCGUUCAGAGUCCAACAGCACUUCUGAUUCUGAGAGCCACUCUGAGUCAGGCAGUGAAUCCACUGGGUCCAAACCCCGUCAGACCUCAACGCAGGUCAAAGACAAACCAGUCAGGAAGAAAGACUGCCUGGCAGAUGUGAAGAAGAUGUGGGAGGAACAUCCAGAUGUUUAUGGCGUUAGAAGAUCCAGUCGCAGCAGGCAAGAGCCUGCUCGACUCAACAUUGGAGCUGAGGGCAGCAGUGAUUCGGAGAGUGAAAGUCCCAAAAGAAAAGGCUCACGGCAGAAAAAGAAAGAAAAUACCUGGAAAGAUGAUGACUCAAAUGACGAAGAGGAUGUUGAGGAAGAGGCCAGCAGUUCAGAGAGUGAGCAGGAAGAGAAAAAAGUUAGAUCCAGACGACUUGCUGCUAGAAGACCACAGACAAAAUCAUCUGCUGGCAAGCAGCAGUCACAAAAGGGACGGAAACAGAGGAAGCAGGAGUCCUCAGAUGAAGAAGAUGAGGAUGAGGAUACCCCAAAAAGACAAACAAGGCGGCGAGCAGCAACUAAAGUCAGUUACAAGGAGGACCAGAAUGAUUUUGAGACAGACUCUGAUGACCUUAUUGAAAUGGCAGAAGGAGCCGAGGAGCAACAGGACGACGACAGUGAGACCAUUGAGAAGGUCCUUGAGACCAGAACUGGCAAAAAAGGCGCUACUGGAGCUUCCACAACCCUCUAUGCUAUUGAGGAAAAUGGGGACCCCGGAGCAGACUUUGACCCUGAGAAAGACGAAGGGGAGACUCAGUUCCUCAUCAAGUGGAAAGGCUGGUCUUACAUCCACAGCACCUGGGAGAGUGUGGAUUCCCUCACUCAGCAGAAAGUCAAAGGGAUGAAGAAGCUGGAAAACUUCAAGAAGAAAAACGAAGAGCUUAACACUUGGAUGAAUAAAGCAUCACCUGAAGAUUUAGAAUAUUACAACUGCCAGCAAGAACUAACCAAUGACCUGAGCAAGCAAUUCCAGAUAGUAGAGAGAAUGAUCGCAACGAGAACUGGGAAAACACAAGCUCCUUCAGACUUUCCCUCUCAUAAAAGCAGUUCGAGUGAGCCAGAGUACCUGUGUAAGUGGAUGGGGCUGCCAUAUGCAGAGUGCACAUGGGAGGAUGGCGCAUUAAUCGGAAAGAAAUUUCAGGCCUGCAUUGAUAGUUUUCAAAACAGAAAUGCCUGUAAGACGAUUCCUUCCAAAGAUUGUAAGGUAUUGAAACAGAGGCCAAGAUUUGUGGCCUUGAAGAAGCAGCCUUCUUACAUUGGAGAUGAGAUCCUUCAACUCAGAGAUUACCAGUUAGAUGGAGUGAACUGGCUAGCUCACUCCUGGUGCAGGUGUAACAGUGUUAUCUUAGCUGAUGAAAUGGGCCUGGGAAAGACCAUUCAGACAAUAUCCUUCCUUUCCUACCUUUUCCAUCAGCACCAGCUUUACGGUCCCUUCAUCCUGGUGGUACCCCUGUCAACCCUCACUUCCUGGCAGAGGGAGUUUGAUAUAUGGGCCCCGGACAUGAAUGUAGUGGUGUACCUGGGAGACGUCACAAGUAGAAAGACAAUCCGGGACUAUGAAUGGAUCCACCAGCAGACAAAAAGAAUCAAGUUUAAUGCACUUUUGACCACAUAUGAAAUUCUACUGAAGGACAAGGGAGUGCUGGGGAAUAUAAACUGGGCUUUCCUCGGAGUUGAUGAAGCUCACCGGCUUAAGAAUGACGACUCGCUGCUAUAUAAAACUCUGAUCGACUUUCGAUCCAAUCACCGGCUGCUCAUUACUGGGACCCCACUGCAGAAUUCGCUUAAAGAGCUGUGGUCCCUUCUGCACUUUCUUAUGCCUGACAAGUUUGAGUCUUGGGAGGAUUUUGAGGAUGAGCAUGGUAAAGGCAGGGAUAAUGGUUAUCAGAGCCUACACAAAGUUCUGGAGCCUUUCCUACUGCGUCGUGUCAAGAAAGAUGUGGAGAAAUCCCUGCCAGCUAAAGUGGAGCAAAUCCUCAGAGUUGACAUGUCUGCCCAGCAAAAACAGUUCUACAAAUGGAUUCUAACAAGAAACUACAAAGCCUUGUCCAAAGGAACCAGAGGCAGCUCUUCUGGUUUUCUUAACAUUGUCAUGGAGCUGAAGAAAUGUUGUAACCAUGGUUUCCUCAUCAAACAACCAGAGGAGCGUGAGAAUGAAAAAACACAAGAGCACCUACAGAGCUUGGUGCGUGGCAGCGGGAAACUUGUUUUGCUGGACAAACUUCUCACGCGACUCAGGGAGAGAGGCAACCGUGUGCUCAUCUUCUCUCAGAUGGUCCGCAUGUUGGACAUCCUUGCUGAAUACCUGUCCUUGAACCGAUAUCCAUUUCAGCGUUUGGACGGCUCCAUCAAGGGAGAGAUCAGAAAACAAGCACUGGACCACUUUAAUGCAGAAGGCUCUGAGGACUUCUGUUUCCUGCUAUCCACCCGAGCUGGAGGGCUUGGGAUUAACCUGGCCUCUGCUGACACAGUGGUUAUCUUUGACUCGGACUGGAACCCACAAAAUGAUCUUCAAGCCCAGGCUAGAGCCCACAGAAUUGGCCAGAAAAAGCAAGUGAAUAUCUAUCGUCUGGUCACAAAAGGCACGGUGGAGGAAGACAUUAUUGAAAGAGCCAAAAAGAAGAUGGUUCUAGACCAUCUUGUCAUUCAGAGAAUGGACACCACUGGGCGAACCGUACUAGAUAACAACUCAGGAAAUUCAAAUUCAAACCCCUUCAGUAAAGAGGAAUUGACAGCAAUCUUGAAGUUUGGAGCAGAGGAUCUGUUUAAGGAACCUGAGGGGGAGGAAUCAGAACCGCAGGAAAUGGACAUUGAUGAAAUCUUGCGGCUUGCUGAAACCAGAGAGAGUGAUCAAGGGUCUAGUGCUACAGAUGAGCUUCUGUCACAGUUUAAGGUUGCUAACUUCACCAUGGAUGAAAGUACACCAGAUCUUGAGGAGAGGCCUAUACGUGAUUGGGAUGACAUAAUUCCAGAGGAGCAGCGGCGGAAGGUGGAGGAAGAGCAGAAGCAGAAGGAGAUGGAAGACAUCUACAUGCUUCCCAGAAGCAGAAGCUCCAACAAGAGGGCGCAGGCCAAUGACAGCGACAGUGAUGUGGGAUCCAAACUGAAGCACAGAUCCUCGGGUUCAGACAGUGAAACAGAUGACAGUGAGGAUGACAAACGGCCCAAGCGGAGAGGCAGGCCGAGAGCUCGCAAAAACAAUGUGGAGGGAUUUACUGACGCAGAGAUCCGCAGGUUCAUAAAGGCAUACAAGAAAUUUGGAGCUCCGCUUGAGAGGUUGGAGGCGAUUGCCCGUGACUCAGAGCUGGUGGAUAAGUCCAUUGCAGACCUGAAGCGACUGGGGGAACUGGUGCACAACACCUGUGUGACUGCAGUGCAGGAGCAUGAAGAGCACAUGAAAGAAAACCCCGUGGAAGCUAAAGGCCCGGGGAAAAGACGAGGCAUUAACAUAAAGAUCUCUGGAGUUCAGGUCAAUGCUAAGUCUAUUAUCCAGCACAAAGAGGAGUUUGAACCGCUACAUAAAGCCGUGCCUUCAAAUCCUGCUGAAAGGAGCAAAUUUCAGCUGACCUGUCGGGUGAAGACUCCACACUUUGACGUAGACUGGGAUAUUCAUGAUGACACACAGCUGUUACUGGGUAUCUAUGAACACGGCUACGCCAACUGGGACCUGAUCAAGACCGAUCCUGAUCUCAAACUUUCUGAGAAGAUUCUCCUAGAUGACCCUGAUAAGAAACCUCAAGCAAAGCAGUUACAGAUGCGAGCAGACUACUUGCUUAAGAUGCUGAAGAAAGAGCAGGAAAGCCAAGAUGCUGUUAAAGCUGGAGAUGAGAAAAAACCCAAAAAGAGGAAACCUCGAAUGAAGAACAAGGCCCCUAACAAUGAUCUGGUCAAUGAAAUUGCCUCUCCUCGUCUCUCCGACAACCCAUCAGAAGAGGGAGAAGUGAAGGACGAUGGAGCUGAAAAAUCACCCACAAAGAAGAAACAGAAAAAGGAUAACAAAGAGAACAAAGAAAAAACAGGAACUCCUAAAAAAGAGAAGGAGGGGGACAAAGACAAAAAGCGUUCCAAGUCCAAAAAAGAGAAGGCCAAACCAGGAGGAAAGGGGAAGAAAGCUCAAGGCCCUGUGCACAUCACUGCAGGAAGUGAGCCUGUACCUAUUGGAGAGGAAGAUGAUGAGCUGGACCAGGAAACGUUCAGCAUUUGUAAGGAGCGGAUGAGGCCGGUGAAGAAGGCUCUGAAGCAGUUGGAUAAGCCAGACGAGGGGCUGUCGGUGCAGGAGCAGCUGCAGCACACUCGUACCUGCCUGCUGAAGAUUGGAGACCGCAUCACAGAGUGCCUUAAAUUGUAUAGUGACCCUGAGCAUGUCAAGACCUGGCGCAGAAACCUCUGGAUUUUUGUGUCUAAAUUUACUGAGUUUGGUGCCCGGAAACUGCACAAGCUGUAUAAGAUGGCUCAAAAGAAGCGCUCCCAAGAAGAAGAGAAAGAGCAAAAGAAGAAGGAUGAUCCCGCCAAGAAAAAAUCCUUCAGACCUGAACCGUCUGGAUCUAGCCGGGACUCUACAGGUACCCAGCUCACAACCAAACCUCAUCCUUCGGUCAACCAUCCACCUGGACCUCCCCCUCACUCCCACCACAGAGAGCAGUACAACCAGCCCAAUAAAAGGCACUUUCCUAAUGACGAUAGGGGAGAUUGGCAAAGGGACCGUAAAUACAGCUACCCGGGCAACAGCAGUCAGCCCUGGCAAGGGGAUCGGCAUCACUCAUAUGACACUCACAGGUACAAGGACCAUCACUAUGGUGACCGUCGUCCUCAUGGUGACUACCGCAGCUCAGGAGGUUACCGGAACAGCGGCUCCCCUCGCAAACGACCCUAUGACCAGUAUGGUAAUGAUAGAGAUCAUAGGGGCCAUCGAGACUAUUAUGACAGACAUCCAGACCCUAAGAGAAGGCGUUCGGAUGAAUACCGCUCUCCGAACUAUUACCCAGGUGGAGGAGGGCAUCCACAGGACUUCCGAAGGAUGCCAGACCACAGGGGACCCCCUGGAAACCAUGGCCCAAUGGGGCCCGAUCACUACCGCCCCUUCUACCCCGACAAACCCCCGCCCCUGAUUGACCCCCGCUCCCCUCAGUCUCAGAAAUCCCCUCUUGAGCCUAUCUCACCUGCUUUGGAAAGAACUGCAGAGCAGAAACCUGUGACGGACUUUAAUUGGAACAACAGGAAGACGUGAGGUGAAUACUUGGUUAGUGCAGAGACGGUCUGUACUGCCAAAGGUCAUGGCAGAAAGGCCACCUCAGGCAAUAAAUGGAGCCACCACCAAACUCCUCUUUAUCGCCACUGUGUCCUCCACUCUCUUCUAGGUUUCACAACCAGGUUAAGUCUGCCAUUUUGGACUGAGGAGACAGAACAAAGCAUGGUUAGUCCUAUGGACUAUGAUUGAACUUGAUGAAGUGUUGAAGUUUGCCUAAGUUAGAAAGUGCCUCAUGUAUUUGGUCUUUGUUGAGAGUCAUUAGCAGAAAGGGACUAUCCCCAAAGCAAACUUUUCUUUGAUGUUCAUGUCUUUUUGUUUUGUGUUGUUUUGGUUUGUGCAAAAAAGGAUUUUUUUUUUUCAUGAAAGUAGCCUUUGUGGGAGGAGAAAAAAGGAAUUGUUCUAAUUGCACCUUCAGAUGUUGAUUCAUUGUUCUGUUGAGCUAUUUGAAACAAUUGGUUUUGCUUUCUGAAAUACCCAGACCCCUGUGAUCGUAUGUCAUUUUGAGGAAAAAAAAUCAAGUGAUUACAUGUACAUUUUUGUCUUUUGAUAUUGUUAUCAUGUAGGAGUCACAAAUAUGUGACGAGCAACAACCGCAACAAUUACUGGAAUUGUUUUUCUCGAUUUAUCAAAUCAGCUAAUGUGUCUUCGCUAUUGCAGACCCACCACUUGUUAAUAUUGUAAUGCUCAGACGCCCUGUUUGAGGACAGUAGCCUUAUUUAAAAAAGAAAGAAGAAAAAAAAAAGGCUAAACAGUAUUCAGGGUCUAUGUAGACCUUGUCUGAACACUAGAUAAUCAUAGCACGUAAGCUAUCUUUCUCUUUAUUUUCUUAUAUCUGUAACACUUGGCACCACUUAAAUUCACUUUAUGGUCAGUGCUUGUACUGUUGCAUCUUUUUAUUGCACUAAAAGGACAGUACUUGCUCGAUUUUGAGUAUGUAGUAAUGGUAGACAUUACCCGAAUCUGAUUUUCAUGUUUCGUUGAGUUGUUUUCUCAGUAUGAGUGUGCUGAAACGCUGAUACCGUUGACCUUUAAGUGGAAAUGUGAGCACCAUAUGAAUGGACAGAUGCGUGUUUAGGGAGUGGGCAGGUGUCUCGAUCUAUUUUUUGUGAACCAGAUUUUGUGCCAAAACAUUGACCGACUGGCAUGCUGGUAAAUACCAUUCAUUGAUUGUUUGUUUGAUGUGUUUUUCCAUCUGUGCCUUAUUCUUGUGUAGAUUCAAACACCGGAUUGGUACAAGGAUGUAAAGCAGUCGGAAAUGAUGCAGUAUUAUGCUGUAGUGUACUAUUUCAAAACAAUUGCCAGGAUGGAAUUUUAACAAGGUGCAUGUAAAGCCGGCUCUGGUGAGUGGGGAACAAUGUAGUGUGCUCAUUUUCAAAACGUGGCAGGACUGGGAGAGCAGGUGAGCUGGUGAAAUGUGGAUACGUCUGCAAUGAAAUACUGAAGAUGUGUUACUACUUUCCCACCCAAGCUCCUGCUCUCACUCCAUGGACAUGUUAAGCUUUGAAACAAGCCAAUUUAAAGUAAUUUAUAUUUGUGAAAAGCCACUGUUCAGAUUAAUUGUUCUGUACAUAUGUUUAUAGACCUAUAUGUAUUAAACUUUCCUACAUCAUG